AUGACGAUGGUGUUCCAGAUGAAAGAUGAUCUGUACCUUCUAAGGGAGCUUGUGGUUUGUAUGCAGCUGCUGGUGAUCAACCAUCCCGGUUUACCAGGAAUGGAGGAUCUCUUGUUGAGCCCCCAGUUCCGGCAGAAGCGGCUCCUGGUCACAUCCCGCCUGCGGGACUCGGGGGUGGGGAUGAGGGAGGUGACAGUGCGGCAGAAGCCGGCGUGCGGGCACCAGCGUGAACGUCAGGCGGCGAACCCGCCCGGCUGGGCGCGGGGAGGCGGGCCGCGGAGGGGUCAGAAACAUUUUAUUAAGUACCAGCAGUGUGCUGAGCACUACGACAGAGCUGGGGACGCAGAGCUAACACAGGCCUUAGGUGGUCUUGUAAAGGGUAAAGAUGCUGAAAGUCAGUUUUGGUCCCCGGUGCUCAUUUAUAAUAGCUUUGCUGAGUUCCUGGUCAAGGAGAAAGGGUAUGACAAGGAAUUGCUCACUGUGACUCCAGAGGAUUGGGAUUUCUGUUGCAAGGGCCUGGCAUUGGAUCUGGAAGACGGGAACUUCAUUAAACUUGCAGAUAAUGGCUCCGUGCUCAGGGCCAGCCACGGCACGCGGAUGAUGGCCCCGGAGGCGCUGGCGGAGGAGUACGGCCGGAGGGAGUGGAGGCACUUCCCGGCGGACGCGGCCGUGGCCUGCCGGUCAGGAAAAUAUUAUUUUUAUGAUAACUACUUUGACCUGCCUGGAGCUCUUCUAUGUGCCAGAGUGGUGGACUCCUUAACAAAGCACAACGGUCAAAAACCAUUUGAUUUUUGGAAGGAUGUAGUUGCUGGUAUACAAUAUAAUUAUAAAAUGUCAGCUUUUAAGGAAAAUUGUGGAAUAUAUUUUCCAGAAAUAAAAAGAGAUCCAGGCAGAUAUUUACGCACUUGUCCAGAAUCUGUUAAAAAGUGGCUUCAACAGCUAAAGAAUGCUGGGAAAAUUCUUAUGUUAAUUACCAGUUCUCACAGUGAUUACUGUAGACUCCUCUGUGAAUAUAUCCUUGGGAAUGAUUUUGAAGAUCUUUUUGACAUUGUGAUUACAAAUGCAUUGAAGCCUGGUUUCUUCUCACAUUCACCAAGUCAGAGGCCUUUCCGGACACUCGAGAAUGACGAGGAGCAGGAGGCACUGCCAUCUCUGGAUAAGCCUGGCUGGUACUCCCAAGGGAACGCUGUCCACCUGUAUGAACUUCUGAAGAAAAUGACCAGCAAGCCUGAACCUAAGGUUGUUUACUUUGGUGAUAGCAUGCAUUCAGAUAUCUUCCCAGCCCGUCAUUACAGUAACUGGGAGACGGUCCUCAUCCUGGAAGAGCUCAGUGGGGACAGAGACGGGAAGCCUGAGGAAUCAGAGCCUCUGGAGAAAAAGGGAAAGUAUGAGGGACCGAAGGCAAAAGCUCUAAAUACAUUAUCUAAAAAAUGGGGCUCUUUUUUUAUUGAUUCGGUUUCUGGACUGGAAAACAUGGAAGAUUCUUUGGUUUAUACAUGGUCUUGUAAGAGGAUCAGUACUUACAGCACUAUUGUGAUUCCAAGCAUUGAAGCAAUAGCAGAAUUACCUCUGGACUACAAAUUUACAAGGUUCUCUUCAAACAAUUCAAAAACGGCUGGCUAUUACCCAAACCCUCCAUUGGUCUUAUCAAGUGAUGGGACACUGACAACCAAAUAAACUAACUUUACUGAAAAGUGAAGUGAAGAACCAUAUAUGCAGCAAAUGUACUGUAAAAUUGUUAAUUUUCAAAAAAAUACUGUAAAAUGCUUUAUAGGAACAAAUUCAUAAUGAAAAGUGACC